ACUUGUUGCAGACUGGAACUUUAAAAGCUAACUAGCUAGCUAAAGUGAUGUUAGCAGGUAAAUAGGGUAAUUUGUGAACCUGGAAGUUGGUGAAGAGACCAAUUUAUGAUCGAGGAGAAGGUUAAAAGGUGCCGAAUGACGUCAAAUGGUGGUUUGAACUGAUACCUAAAAUCCAGGAUAACCAACUAACUUGCUAAGUGAUUUUUGGCAAAGUAUGGCGAUGACCGGGCCGAGCUCGUGUGCCUCUAUGAGUAACCACACCAAGGAACGGGUCACCAUGGCUAAAGUGACCUUGGAGAACUUCUACAGUAAUCUGAUCGCUCAGCAUGAGGAGCGAGAGAUGAGACAGCAAAAGUUGGAGAAGGUGAUGGAUCAGGAGGGUCUGGCUGAUGAAGAGAAACGUAUCCGGCGUUCUGAGCAUGCACGGAAGGAAACAGAGUUUCUGCGUUUAAAACGCACUCGGCUGGGCCUGGAGGACUUUGAGUCCUUGAAGGUGAUUGGCCGAGGAGCCUUUGGAGAGGUUCGCUUGGUUCAGAAAAAAGACACCGGACAUGUCUAUGCCAUGAAAAUACUCCGUAAAGCUGACAUGUUGGAGAAAGAGCAGGUGGGUCAUAUCCGCGCUGAGCGUGACAUCCUGGUGGAAGCAGACAGUCUGUGGGUGGUCAAAAUGUUCUACAGCUUCCAGGAUAAGAUGAACCUCUACCUCAUCAUGGAGUUUCUCCCCGGAGGAGACAUGAUGACUCUACUGAUGAAGAUGGACACUCUGUCCGAAGAGGCCACUCAGUUCUACAUCGCAGAGACGGUGCUGGCCAUCGACUCCAUCCACCAGCUGGGCUUCAUCCACAGAGAUAUCAAACCUGACAACCUGCUGCUGGACGCCAGAGGUCACGUGAAGCUCUCUGACUUCGGCCUGUGCACAGGACUAAAGAAGGCCCACCGCACAGACUUCUACAAGAACUUGAACCACAGCCUGCCCAGUGACCUCAGUAAGCAAACCUUUCAGAAUAUGAACUCUAAGAGGAAAGCAGAAACCUGGAAGAGGAACAGGAGGCAGCUGGCCUUUUCCACAGUGGGAACCCCAGACUACAUCGCUCCAGAGGUCUUCAUGCAGAACGGCUACAACAAACUGUGUGACUGGUGGAGCCUUGGUGUGAUAAUGUAUGAGAUGCUGAUAGGUUACCCUCCGUUCUGCUCGGAGACGCCUCAAGAGACCUACAGGAAGGUGAUGAACUGGAGAGAGACGCUCACCUUCCCUCCAGAAGUGCCAAUAUCAGAGAAGGCUAAAGACCUCAUCCUCAGGUUCUGCUGUGAGGAGGAGCACAGGAUUGGAGCUGCGAGUGUGGAGGAGAUAAAGUCCAACCCUUUCUUUGAGGGCGUGGACUACGACCAUAUCAGGGAAAGACCCGCCGCCAUUCCCAUCAAUAUCAAAAGCAUUGAUGACACAUCCAACUUCGAUGAGUUCCCCGACUCUGAUAUCCUCACUCCAACAACCACCCAAGUGUCCAAUCACACCGAGACGGAUCUGAAGAACAAGGACUGGGUCUUCAUCAACUACACCUACAAACGUUUUGAGGGUUUGACGGCCCGAGGAGCCAUCCCGUCCUACAUGAAAUCAGGAAAAAGAUGAGCUCCUUGUGACUGUCCCAUAGCGACGCCCAGAUGAGGCGUCCGAGCUGCUGCUGUGUCCAAACAGACGUCCGCUCGGUUAUCAGAGCGGAUCCACGGCGCAGCUCUUCCUCAUCGUCGCUGUCCAUAGGAACCUUCCUCCAAACUCGCUGCCUUCACUUUGUUUAAAGCUUCUGAGGGUACCUCUUCACUUUCUGACAGCACAGACUGAACUGGGAUCAGCAGGUUUUCUUAGUUUUGCACCAUCGGAUGGUAUCGUUUGUCUCCAGAUAACCAGCAUCAUUUACAUUCCCUCUCUGUACCAGCGUCAUUCUGUUGGAUCUACCAAGGGCUCUUCUUGUGGCCCAGAGCGUUCUCUGCUUCACGCGUUCUGGGGACUUUAUCAGCUCAAAUAAUUGCAUUUUCACUUGGAGUGAACCAGCUGCUCUUCAGGGAUUCGGACUCCUACAUCACCUCACCAAAGACUCAAUGACGUCUCUGCCUGAUCUUCCUCUUGGAACUUUUUCUAACUCCAAGUUCGUAUUUUUUCUAGAGCCCAGAUUUGCACGAUUUGCUCUUUAACAGAUGAUUAUGCAUUUUGUGGAACAAGUCUUGUUACAUUUUGUGAUGAAGCAUGUGACCUUCAGCACCAGAGGCGAUGGGGAUGAAACUUCUGCACUCUUCCAGCCUGUCGGAUCCGGUUUAGGUUCAAGUGUUUGGAGUUCAUGAUGCUCCAGAAUCUAUUUUCAAAGACGACCUUUUAACAAUUUGGUGGAUUUCACAGAUAGUUUAAAUCAGGCAGCAGUUGAAAUCUUCAAGAAGAUGAAGGCGCUGCUAUAAAUAUAAGAACGUCUUUAAAUUGCUUUUAUUUUUUAUGUUGUAGUCCGAGUGAGAUAAAGUUUGCAAAUCAAAACAGAAAUUUGAAAAAUAUUCCAAGAAUAUUUCUUAAACAGAUUUAUCAAAGACAACAGAUCCCAGAACAGCUUGUAGAGAACUGAAUUAGUUUCGGAGAUUAAACGGCUUAGAAAGCUGCAGUACGCGUAGGAAACCUUCCAGCUGAUGCUUUUCAGACGAAGAACUAAUAAAACCUGCAUAGGGCUCACAUGUGAACCUCUGAACUCGCUGGGAGGAUUUGUAAGAAUGGUUUCAGUUUGAUCAGUUCAGAAACGGCUAAUUGGGGCUGAGAAUACUUUAAAAAUCAUUUAGUUUAAAAUAAGAUGUUUUGACCCAAAAUAUAAGUUGAUUGACUAAAACUGAAGAGAGGUAGUGUUAGGAUCCAGGCUGACCCUAACACUACCUGAGUCUUAACCCGAGGCCGUGCCGCUCGCAGCGGGGCUGCGUUCGUUCAGGAAACCCAGGAAUUAGCUGAGGUCCGAUUGUGCUGAAGCGUCAGGGAGUCUUUUAGUUUCACCUGUUUUUGUUUCCGAGGAAGCUAACCUAAUGAUGCACCAACUAAUGCAGUGGAUGAGUUUUGUUUUUAUUUGUUUUAAGUAGCACAGGGCUGAAAACUUUCCAACAAUAAAUCCAAGAUGCUGUCCUAUUUACAAAUGAAUGUAAAUUAAUUUCUGCAGAUUGAUUUCCUUUUUUUUUUUUUUUUACCCAUAGGAGUUGAAAUAUGUUGCUGUAAAUGAAGCCUGUACCACGUAUUUUUUUAAAUUUUCUUUGUAGUUGGACACUUUAAGCUAUGAUGUAAAACACCCUGGAAGCCCAUUUCUGCCCGGAGACACCAGCAGACCUUUAUCACCAAAAGAUUUUAUUUAACGUGUCAAAUGUUUGACUUAUUCUUUUUUUUAGCCCCUUUAAAAAGUGACAAAGAAAGCCAAAUGCUUAGAAGUCGACAAUCUGACAUCCCAGGUUACGUAAAGAAUGAACUUGAAGUGACCGGCUGCAGAAAUGUAUCUUUUAUUCUGAUUUCCAAAAUUAUUUUUUUUUAAAUCUCUCUCCUGUCCAGCAGGAAUGGUCUUCCAUAUCGGCUGCGUCUGUGAUCGAGUGUGUUCAGGUAGCGUGUAGAUGGGAAGCAGCACAUUAUACUACGUUUUAGAGAAGCAUGUGGCGGGUGGAGCUUUUAUUUAAUUAUAUAUAUAUAUAUUUUUUAAACUGCUUGUGCCGUUGAGGGGCUCACGCUCCUCAGGCUUUAACAAAACGGCAACAUGUACGCUGAAAGCAAUACAACAUGGAGUGAUUUCUGAUCAUGUGUGGCUGAGAUUCUAGUCUCUGGGUUAAGAUGGGGUGUCGAUUUGUAUGGAGUUUGUGUUUAUUUUUUGGGGGGGGGGCAAAGUGUGCAUGUAAUGCUGCAUCUGAGCAGGACGGAUGGGAUUAUUUGGGAAGCUGAGUGUACAAUAUUUAAACUGCUUGGUAUGUACUGUGUGACUGCUGUAUUGUUUUCUGCUAUUUGACAAUGAAUUAUUCUGCACUUAA